CACCGCCAUGCGUUCGACUGUCUGGUGUGGCUUCGCUGCAAGCUGUCGCUUCUCUGUUCAACACGUUUAACUCGAAGAUUCUCCGUUUCUUGUUCACAAUUUUUCAAAGUUGCCUUUGCUUUAAUGGAAGAAAAAGGUAAGAUUGGAGAGCCAAAAACAAAGAAAAUGAAGCUUGCUGAGCAGUCAAAAUCAUUUUGUGUUUUGCCUCUUAAACCAUCUCAUGAAAUCGUAYGGAGAAACCAUGAUGUAGAUAAAAUUUAUGGUGAAAUGCACCGUUUGAAGACUUCACAACCCAGCAAUUUGACUGCUGUUGUUCUCUCGGGUUGCUCUGGAUGUGGGAAAACYGAAUUGGCUCGUCAAAUUGGUGAAAAGUUUUUCUCUGAAAAAGCUUCAGAAUAUGAUUUUGUGUUUACAGUAGAUGCAUGUUCUUUGAAUUCCAUCCUUCAAUCACAUAUUGACCUGGCAAAUAUCCUCCCAUGUGACAAACCAAGCAUCAGAAAGAUCUGUGAUUUAGAUAAAGAGUUGCAGAUUGGAGUUGCAGAUAAAGUUCCUCUCUUACAAGCUUUGAUAGGAAAUCGUAUAAAUGAGAAUUCCUCUUGGUUGCUGAUUGUGGAUGGUGCAAAGACAGAUGCUGAAUGCAUUUUUAAUGAUACCAGUCAAUGGCUUCAAAUUGGAGAUGAGUCAAAGUAUGGCAAAGGUCAGGUGUUAAUCACUACCGAGUCAAUAACUACAGAAUUCUUAGAAUGUCAGGAUUCUCAUAUGAUUGAGCUUCCUUUGAGUGAUGGCAUCAGUCCCUCUGAAUCAGUACAAAUUCUCACCCAACUCUCAGGCCUACCAAAUAAUGAAGACAUCGUAGCCCGAGUGGCAAAAGCUCUUGAUUUCCAACCACUAGCACUAGUGUGCAGUGCACUGGGAUUGAAGGAAUUGGAUAAAUCUUCACAGACUAAUGUCACAAAUCUUUGGAAGAUGUGUCUGGAAGACAUUGAGAUGGCUAAACAAGAAGAUGAAACUGAUGACGAAACUGUAAAAUACCCAAAAACCACAAUCAAUGCCGUAAAUAAGGCAGUGAGAAAGCUGUCAGAAAAAGACGAAAUCACCAAAUGUACCUUGCAGCUUUUGUCAUUCAUGGCUCCACAGCCUAUUCCUUUUCAGUACGUUGUAAAUUAUGUGAAGAAUAUGGUUGGGGGAGAAGAAGCUGAGAUAAAAAAUGCCAUCUUUUCAUGUCCUCUAGUUCUUGGAAGGCUUUUGGAAGUUAUUGCUGUCCAUCAUCUUGUUUACAGCUGUCUCCAGGAAGCAAGUGAUCUUCGAGACACGGAUGCACUUCGAAAUAUAUUUCCUGAUUCCAAACCCAUCAAGAUUUUUAAUCCUUUAAACCAUCUAGAAGUCCUUUGCAAACUAACCAUGCGAUCAUUUCCGAACCUUGCAGACUUUGAUGAUACCAAAGAUUUGGAUUCCACCAGACCUCUUGUUGUACACAUUGAUUACAUUGUAACCCAGUUGCACAUACUCAUUGAUGACUAUCCUGUUUUGAUGGAUCUUCCCCUUGAUGAUGAACACAAUGUUUUAACUGUGCUAACUUUAAUUUCAAAAUUCUGUAAUUCACAUGAAAUGGCAAGAGCACGUAUGAAAAUGUUAAACAUAUGCUCAAGCUUUGAGGAUCACUAUUCUGAUGAAGAUGAUGUAAKCAAAGAAUUGCUAUUGAUGAAAAAGAUGGGUGACAUUCACACUAACUUAGAUUUAAAGUACAAAGCAAGACAGUGUUUUGAGAGAGUAUUGGAAAUUGAAGAAGRUGAGUUUGGCGAAGAAGACCAGGAAUUGUCCCCCACCCUCAGCAAGCUUGCAAAUCUAUAUUUUCAAGAAGAACAACCCGAUGAAGCCCAGGAAAUGUUUGAAAGGUUGAUUAAAAUCCAAGAAACAGCGCUAGAYGAAAAGGAUCCAGUCAUUGCUGAUACAUUUUGUCAACUUGGUGAACUCCACAAAUGUGUGGCAGAGCAUAAUGAAGCUAUAUCUUAUUUUGAGAGAGCCCUUGAGAUCUAUCGGAUGGCCUACCAUGAGAACCACCCUAAAAUAGCUGAAACACUGGGAAGUCUUUCUUUUAAUCUCUUUCAUCUUGACAAGUAUGAAGAAGCAAAAAAUUGUGCUGAACAAAAGGUCAAAAUCCUAGAAAAUUCGCCAGAAAGUGAGCCAUUAAAAGUUGCUAAAGCUCUUGAUAACCUUGGAAACAUAACAAGAGUUCUUGGAAAAUACGCAGAGGCACAGAAGUAUUUCAAGAGAUCACUAGAGAUAAAGUCAAAAAUGCCUGAAAAUGACCAAAAACAAUAUGCUGAAUCACUGGCUAACCUAGGRAACAUAACUGCAGACUUGGGGAAUUAUGAGGAGGGAAGAAAGUAUCUGGAAGAAGCAUUGAAGAUUCAACAAGAAAUUGCAGAUGGAGAAGGAGAUGCUUCAGUUGCAAUGACAAUGGGUUGCCUUGCCAGUGUCUAUCUGAUGUGUGAUAACUAUGCAGAUGCCAAAGAUUGCUUUGAGCGUACCCUUAAUAUACAGGAGAACAUCUACCCUGAAAAUCAUGUGGAAAAAGCCAAAACACUUGGCAUGCUGGGGGAUACACUUUACGAAAUGAAUCAUAUGGAAGAAGCUAAGAGAACCCUUGAAAGAGGAAUAAAUAUGGCUGAAAAACUSAAUGGAAGUGGUAGCACGUUAGCUUCUCUUCUUGGAAAUCUUUCCAAAGUUUUCAUAAAGCUAGGAAAAUACUUAGAUGCCAAACAUUGUUUAGAGAAAUCCUUGGUGGUUGAAGAGUCCAUUUAUGAUGACAAACAUCCUACAUUAGCUAUCACCUGGGUGAAUCUAGCAAUAGUUUGCAACAAGCUUGGAAAGUUACAGGAAGCAAAGCUACAUUGUGAAAAGGCACUUGAGAUUCAAGAAUCAGCAUAUGGAGAAACUCAUCCCAAAAUUGUUGACACAUUGAAUACCCUUGGAAGCAUCCUGAGAUGCUUGGGUCAUUACAAAGAAGCCCAAAAAUGCUUUGAAAGGGCAUUGGCCAUUCACAACACCAUGCCUGUUACAAAAGAUUCGCCAUCUCGUACUUUAAAUAAUCUGGGCCUUGUUCUGAUAGAUCUUGGCCUGUAUAAGCAAGCUAAGAAAUACAUAGAAGAUGCAUUGGAAAUGGUCAAGUCAAAGCAUGGUGAAAAGCAUCCUGAAACAGCAAAAGUGCUUGGAAACCUUGGUACCGUUCUUUGUCAUCUUGAAGAAUACAGUGAAGCCUUGAAGGUCUAUGAAACAGUACUGCAAAUAGAAGAAGGCUGUCAUGAUGAAAUCCAUCCCAAUUUAGCAUCAACAUUAAAUAACAUGUCUAGUGUUCAAAGAAAUCUUGGUGAUCUAGAAAAAUCAAGAAAGUAUGCAGAAAGGGCAAUGGAGAUUGUACAAAAGACAUUUCAAGAAGAUCACCCCUUACUAGCAUCAUUGAAUGAGACCCUUGGGCUAUUAUACUCUGACCUUGGUCAGCACAGUAAAGCAAAGGAUUGCCUUCAGAAGGCACUCACUACAAGGAAAUCCAAAUUUGGAGAAGAGCAUCCAUUGAUAGCUGUCAACCUAGGAAACCUUGCAUAUGUACAUGUCUCUUGCAAAGAGUACAAAGAAGCAAAGCCUCUGUUGGAAAGGUCAUUGGAGAUUGAGGAGAAAAACUUUGGUGAAAACCAYUCAUCAUCAGCUGAUACUCUUGGUGCAUUAGCGAAUGUUCUGAGAAAUCUUGGCCAAUUUGAGGAAGCUAGGAAGUAUGCUGAGAGAGCAGUGAAGGUCAGGAAGGAAGUUUAUGGUGACAAACAUCCAUCUUUGGUUGAUGUGCUCACCAACCUUGGGUUAACGUUAAAGAAUCUAAACAAACAUGACCAAGCACAAAAGGUACUUGAUGAAGCUGAUAGUAUCAAGAAGACAGAAAAUAUUUAGAGAUCAUGUAGACACUCUUUGAUAAUGUAAUAACUAAUAAACUAAUAAUUAGUUAAUUAAUUAAUAAACCCAUAAAGAUCAGCUUAUUAGAUAAAGUACACCAAGAGACAAAGCAACAAAGGUUACUACUACUAAUGUCUUAGUUCAUUUCAUGUAAUAUCAUAUAGUAUAAUUUUAUGGUUAGACAUUUUAUACCAUACACAGAGUAAAAAAGAUUGCAUGAGCAGAGAGUAAAAAUUAUUGUAGUAGUUCAUCCCCUUGAUGCCUGGACCAGCAGAGAACAUCUGGACUAGCACUGCCAGAUUUUUCUAAUUUUCCAGUUCUUUUCUGCAAACAUCAACAGCCUUUAUAAACUUGUCCAUUGCUUAAAGACAAAUAAUGAAAUACCAUAGUUUAAAUGCAUUACCAGUAUUAACAUGUAGUCUAUACAAACCAGCUUGUACAACAAAUGCAGAUAUUUGUCAAAAUUCUAAUAUGGAUACYAUCAAAUAAAUUUUAAUUACCUAAACUGA